AUGACCGCCAUUCCAAUUCCCCUACCAAACCAACGCUUCUCAGCGCCAAUCGACAUGCAGUCCCAAUUCAACUACCCAGAAUCUUACUCUUCCUACUCCUCUUCACCAGGAAGCAUGGACUUCUUCUUCUACGGCCAACCCGUCUACGAUUCCCUCUGCGACGUCGAUGCAACCAGUCCCUUUCCCAUGCAAGAGGUCACCCCAGAGCUCUACAACAUUACCAGCUCGCCCUACACCUACCAGGUACCGCACGACUACCCAGUCUUUGACCGCCCCGUCAUGCCACAAAGGGCACCUAGCAGCUGUGGUAGCAGCUACAGCAGUAGCUAUAGCAGCAGCUUCAACUUCCCUUCCGAAGACAUCAACCUACCAUCUUACCCCAUUGGCGAAUACGAGUCCGGUACCGAGUCGCCAGCGCCUGCAUCCAAGCCUUCUAAGCCCUUCGGUUGCGACCACUGCGGCAAGUCCUUCACCCGCUUCGCAGACCUAAAGCGCCACCAAUCCAGCGUCCACUACCCCGUGUUCCGCAACUGCCCCGUCGAGCACUGCUCGCGAAAGGGUAGCAAUGGCUUCCCGCGUCAGGACCACCUCGUUGAGCACCUGCGCUCGUAUCACCACAUGGACUUGCCCAAGCGCGGUUCCUGCAAGCGCACCGCGAAGCAGAUCUCAUGA